UAGCAUUUUGCAAAAACCUGAUUUAAGCCCCCCACUACCACACUCACGCUCUCCUUUUAAAGUCACGAGACCCACUGUCCCAUUGUUCAUUCAAUUUUUUGUGUGGGGGGAGAUAAAGAGAGAGAAAGAGAGUGGCAGAGGAACUGAUAGAGAACUUUCAAAGCUCUUUAUCUUCUACCAUCACUCAACUAGCCUCUAUAUUGCAGUCUCAAACUGAAAGUCUAACAUAUUUUGUAAAAAGCUUUAGUUUUAUCCCCUCAUCUGAAAGAAAGAGUGUUUGCCUCACAUCGUUUUUUUUCUCCUUUCUCUCUUUCUGUCUCUCUCUCUCUCUGUCGGUACCAUGAGACCAGAAGGAAACCCGUUAGAUCUUAACAAUUUGCCUGAUGAGUACUCUAGAGAUGGCAAACAAGUCCUCGAAGACCAUACCUCUUCACCGGGUUGCAGGAAAAAGAAAAGCGGCGGGAAGGAUGGAAAAGACGAGUGUGGGAAGGUCUACGAGUGUAGAUUUUGUUCCCUUAAGUUCUGCAAGUCUCAGGCUCUUGGGGGACACAUGAACCGCCACCGCCAAGAGAGGGAAACGGAGACACUGAACCAGGCUCGACAACUGGUCUUUCGCAGUGAUCAUACCCUUACUGCACAAGGUGCACCUCACUUAGGAUGCUGCCAACCGAUAGGAACGGGUGGUUAUCACCCAUCGGGAGAUCCAUCGGCACCUCUGAGAUUUCCGAGGUACUUCUCAGGUUCAUCCUCAACUCACAUGCCGCCAGCAGCACCGGCACCAGUAGCACCACAGCCAUACCUGUAUGCCUCACCUACAAGGCCAGUGUCUUUUGGGUCAUCACACUUCCCUCAUCAGCAUGCGGUGAAUGAUUACUAUGUGGGUCAUGUGAUGAGUGGGAGUCACGGACAUUAUGUGGGAGGAGGAGGAGGAGAGAGCACAAGUAGUUACACAUGCAUUGGUGCACCGGUGGGACAAGGCGGUGGGUUUGGCAGUGGUGGUGGUGGUGGUAAGGACGGGUCACUGCCACUGCAUAAUAAUCAGGAGGAAGGUUUGAGUUGGGGAAGGGGGUAUCCGGCUGGAGCACAGCAUCGUUUGGAUCCUCCGUCAGCGAUCAAUCGGUUUCAAGAUGGUUUCUAAUGAGAUUCUUUCUGUGAAGGGUAGUGUUUUUGGUUUGUGUUAUGUGGUAUCAUAAAGACACGCAAUCCAGAGAGAGAGACAUUACAAGCUGACACAUGGGGUCACUAAGGUAGCUAAGCUAGGAAUGAGAGAGAGAAAGAGAGGUGGUUUUGGUUUAUCUACAGUAACCAGGGACAGCUUUUGAGCUCAUGGACACCCUCAGCUACUUUGGCUUGGAGUUGUGGGGGUUAAUGGCUGGGAUUUCUUCUCUACAUCGUCUUUUGUAUUGGUACCUAGCUAGCUGGGACAACCAGUUAGAUAUGAACUGAAACUUUCAAAACCCCUUUUUGCAUUUCUCACU